GGAAACGUUUGAAUACGUUUGACUGUAAGACAAAGUAAUGGUCAUAACCGUUACGGCUAAAAAAAAAAAAGUAACGAACGUUAGCUUCGGAAUCGGCAGUGUCGAACAGCGGCUGGAGUACAAACUUGGAUAUCACUAUAAUCGUAUAUUAGUUUUAAAGAAACGAAUUGCUGUAGAUACCAGGAUGAGCAGUUUUAGCAGACCGGGCACACUAAGAGUGCCACCAUUUACAAGGACACCGCUGUUAAAAAUGUCCAAACAAGACCUGGAGAGAGAUUCGGGCUUCUCAGAUGCCAGCUCAGAGUACCUCAGCGCCGUAGAGGUCACAGACUCGGAAGAUACUGGAAGGAAUGGGUCAAUAAUCGGCCAGGAACCAGCUGGACAGCAGGUGGCUGUGGUGGGAGGAUCAUACCCUGGACUGUCUCCAAUGAUCAUCAUGAACAACUUUGUCCUAAAGGAGCCGUCCUCCAUGGCUCCGCAAGAAAAACAGUGGGGCUUUCCUUCGUCAAUUGAAGUGAUGCCCCAAUCCCAAGUGGUUCUCCUUCAGCCAGUGGUAUCAAACGGGCCCAGCUGCUCUCCGAAGCCCGGCUCUGACAACAUGCGACAGUCAAAAAGCUACACGCCUAUCCUCAAGUCAUACCCCAGAAUUGCCCCUUACCCAGUGGAUACCCCCUCUAAGAGCGUGCGACCAUCAAGGGUGAAUCCGAGCGCAACAACGGGGAAAGACCACCGACAGAUGAGACACCACGACCCCCAGAGGCUUGACAUCACCCUCAGCCCGCUGUCAGCUCUGCAGACGCAAGCUCAGGCUGUCUCCAACUUCGAAGCAUCCACCAACAAAGUUCAGGCUCAGCUGCGUCAGGAGCAACACUCUGACAAAUCUCUCACCGCACCAGCGGAAAGCAGCCCGUCGGCGAGCUACGCGUACGAGGACCUGAGUCCUGUACCUGACACCGGCGACCUGCCCGCAGAGAAAUAUCAGGAUCUCAUCUCCAUGCACAGCAACAAGCUGAAGCGCUUCAGCAACACCUACAACAUUCUCCACAAGUCCGGCCUGCUGGGGAUCACCAUGCGCACAAAGCAGCUGAUGAAAGAGAACAAGCGCACCCAGUGCCAGCUGCACCUGCUUCAGGAGCAAACGGCCCUGCUGCUCGAAGCUCUGAGCAGCGGGGAUCCGCAGCUCUGGACUCAACUCCAGGCCUCUUUGCAGGACACGGAAAAGGAGCAGUACGAGGUCAAAGCUCAGAGGGUCCUAGCGUAACGUGUUUGUGGACGUAACGAGUCGCUCUGAAUCUGGUUUAAGGAGGAUUAAUAAGGAGGUCAUCAGAUGCUGAAUGUGUCACUUUGUUAUGACAAACACUGCUGAGCUUUCAGCAGUUUAUCAGGUGGUUAUUGAUGUACGGUGCCUUGCAAAAAGUUCACAUACCCCUUGAAACUUUUUCACAUUUUGUCACAUUACAACGACAAACAUCAAUUUAUUUAUUUUUUAUUUAUUUUUUUUU